AUGCAGUAUCGUGAGUAUCGCGUGCAUCAUGCCGCCCCUGACGGUAUUCUUGUGCAACUUCCAGGGAAUGGCGGCUUUGGUAAAUUGACUGUAGAAACACUAGGAGGAGAUGCAUUAGCCGCUGCACUUCUCAAACGAUUUGCCACUAAUGAUCACAUCCGUGCCGUGGCGCGUCCAACGCGUGAUGUUCACCACUACCGGCUGCUUAGCGUACAGUUGCUGGAGUUGUGGAGCGGAGCGGCUACUUACCCAGCCCCGGUGUUGUCUCUCCUCCUGCAGUUAUUUCGCAAACACGCACUCAUCGGUCUCGGGACGACUGCAAUGGCUCGUGUAGUGAAAUCUUCACCCGAGAAGGGUGUCGUCUUAUCCCUUCCUGGUGGCAUUCCCGCUGUUGCAGUGCUGGAAAAUGUUAGUGAGGAAGCUGGGGCAGUUGAAGUACGGUUGCUUAACUACGAUGUCCAGGUUGAUGUGGUCAAUGUGACAGUGCAAUAUGAUGUUGUUGAACGUACACCGAGUGAUGUAGAUGCGCUGCAGAAACUUCUUACAUCGGUUACUGCGGGAAGCGUCGUCUCCGCAACUGUACUCGUUUCAUGUACGGAUGACAAUUGCGCUAUCGUGGAGGUCCCAUGCGGUGACGAGUGCAGCGUAAUCGGGUACUACAUUUAUAACUGGCCGGGUUUAAGUGCUGCAGGAGACGAAAAGCCAGUUGUGGGGAGUUGCCUUCAGCUUACUGUGGAGUUUGUGCCCGAGGAGCCCGCACUGCAGGAUGUUUUACCGUUUUUCGUGCUCUCCCGCCGUCAACACUUUGCAGGCCUUCCCGCAGUUCGUUGUGCUAUACUUCCAAACACGUCUACACCGCACGCCACAGUGGGGCUAGUUGGCCGUUUUCCGUGGCGUGACAAAAAGCGGGAUCGCCGACCAGAGGUGGAGGAUAUUAAUGAUCCGGAUGAUGAUGAUAGUGACGACGACGAGAACACAAACGUGAAUCGAAGUAAAAUUCGCAAGCGAAAACUGGAGGAAACCAUUGAUGCAUACGAGCGGUCGAUGGAGACAGCAGUUCCUUCUUCUUCGGAAGAGUUCCAGCGGCUCUUGCUUGCAUCUCCCAACAACAGUUACCUUUGGGUACAGUGGAUGACUCAUCAUGUAUCGUUGCAGCAGUUCGAGGAGGCGCGCCUCGUGGCGGAGAAGGCAUUGACUACAAUUGGCGUGCGUGAAACGCAGGAGCGGCUGAAUGUGUGGGUUGCGUACAUGAAUCUGGAGAACCUUCAUGGUACAGCAGAGUCUUUGGCAUCUGUUUUCAAACGAGCGUUGCGGCAUGCCCUUGAUGAACUCGUUGUGUAUGAGCGACUUGCUGACAUAUUCUCAGCAACACGAAAGUUCAACCAACUGCUAUCCUUGUGCCGGGCUAUGGUGUCGAAGAACCGCAAGGUGCCGCGUGUGUGGGAACGGCUUGGCACUGUUCUCAUUGAUCAUAACAAAAGGGAUCAGCUGAAGCGGGUCCUAAAGGAUAUGAGUGACGCCCUUAAACGUGAUGAGUAUGCAUUAGUAGUUGUACACCUCGGGGUUCAUGAGUAUAGAAACGGGAGCGUUGAGAAUGGUCGUGCUCUGUUUGAAGGGUUGCUGCUUCGCAUGCCCAAGAAGUCUGACGUUUGGUCCGUGUAUUUGGAUCAAGAACUGGGGCUUCUCGCGCGAAGGUCAGAAGUUGCAUCAGCCGUGUUCGUGAGGGGCUUGUUUGAGCGUGCAGUUUCCACAAGUUUUUCCGCGAAGGUGAUGCAGCAGGUAUUAACGCGCUUCAUGUCAUUUGAGCGGGCGCACGGCACGCCGGCAGACGUCGAGAAGGUGAAGGCCCGGGCGCGAAGUUAUGUGGAGGCAAAAAUUAGUGCAUCGGUUGGAAGCGUAGACCCCACCGUGAAGACUGGAGGUGUGAGCGUGAAGAAGGGAGCAACCAAAGACUUUAACGCGACAUCUGCAAGCGCUAAGGGUUCGAGCGUUAGUGAUGAGGCAACAGAUAAACAUUAUGAUGGUGAGGCGGAAGAGUGA